UGGGAGGUCAAGAACUACAAGGAGAGGCGAGAGCAAUGACAUCCUCCCUGCGGCUAGAGCGGCCGCGACGAGAAAGAGACUUCCUGGGCGGGGCUAGCAUAUUCUUUUCCUUCCGGUAGGGGGAAUGUGGGCCGCCUGCGACGUCAAGGUUCGCUUUUGCUUGGCCGCUGCUUCCGUCACUCUGAGACGGCGCCUGAGAUUGGGGGCGACCAUGGCAAAAAGCAAGUUCGAGUACGUGAGGGACUUCGAAGCUGAUGACACCUGCCUGGCCCACUGCUGGGUGGUAGUGCGGCUGGACGGCAGGAACUUCCAUCGGUUUGCCGAAAAGCACAACUUUGCAAAACCUAAUGACAUCCGUGCUCUCCACCUGAUGACCAAAUGUGCCCAGACCGUAAUGGAAGAACUGGAAGAUAUUGUGAUUGCAUAUGGACAGAGUGAUGAGUACAGCUUUGUGUUCAAGCGGAAAAGCAACUGGUUUAAAAGAAGAGCCAGUAAAUUCAUGACUCACGUGGCUUCCCAGUUCGCCUCCAGCUUUGUGUUUUAUUGGCGGGAUUACUUUGAGGACCAGCCCCUUUGGUAUCCCCCUGGCUUUGAUGGAAGAGUCGUAGUGUAUCCCAGCAACCAGACCUUAAAGGACUACCUCAGCUGGCGGCAAGCAGACUGUCACAUCAAUAAUCUUUAUAAUACAGUUUUCUGGGCACUUAUACAACAGUCUGGACUAACUCCGGUACAAGCCCAAGAGAGAUUACAGGGAACUCUUGCAGCAGACAAGAAUGAGAUUUUGUUUUCCGAAUUCAAUAUCAACUACAAUAAUGAGCCGCUGAUGUUUAGGAAAGGGACUGUGUUGUUCUGGCAGAAGGUGGAUGAAAUCACGACAAAAGAAGUUAAGCUGCCAGCAGAAAUGGAAGGAAAAAAGAUGGCAGUGACCCGGACCAGGACUAAGCCAGUGCCCUUGCACUGUGAUAUAAUUGGGGAUGCCUUCUGGAAGGAACAUCCAGAGAUCCUCGAUGAAGACAGCUGACCUUUGCUCUUCAGUUCUGACUGCUUAGCCUUGCAAGCCCCUCAAGUCUCCCUGCCAAGGGGCCCUAGCAUCCUGCUGCCCAGGACACUGCUGGGAAGACAUGACUCGGCCCAGGAGGGAAGCAGGGAGGGAAAGGAUGGGUGGAGGUGGCGCAUCUUGUUCUGCCAAGCAGAACACCUUUUUUGCAGUGUUGGAAUAUGAUUUCUUUGGUAGACGUGCAUUUUUUUAAAAUCCUGAUACUAUUUUUAUAAAGCAAGAACUAUUUCAUGCCUUGCAGAAUGAAUCAUUUUUAGAGUAUGACAUAAACCUUAUGAAAACCUGUCAGCUCUUUUCACCGAUGAUAGAAGAAGAGCCCAAACUUUACUCUCACCCACCUGUUCUAAACUGGAAAACCCAGUGACCUUGAAAAUCUCACCCCUGCCACCCAUCUACUUGCAUUCAUAUUCAGCAGACCUGAAGAUAAAUAUGGGUGAACGCCUGCAUGAAGCCUCUGAAUUCGGGAACUGCGGGGAAGCUCAGGGCUUUGUGCCAGUCUCCAGGUUGGCAACUGUGGCUGAACAAAUGAGUAGUGGUUGGGUGUCCCUGUGUACACAUUCUGUGGGUUGAUUUAAUGGAGUUGUCAGCAUGUUGUCACCAUCUUCUAGCCAGGGGCAUAGCUUCCAAGAAGAAAAAGAAGAAAAAGUUACUCCAUAUCCUCUGGAUAUGUUCGUUUUAAAUUAGCUUUCCUAUUGGACUUCCUGAUAAAGAUUCUCAGGUAGCCAUUGUGUAAUCAGGACAAUGACAUUGGAGUCCAAGAGCAAAGGGGUCAGUGUGCCUCUUGGGGGUCACAGGUAGCAGGUGUCAGAGGUGCCGUAACAGCUCCACCUGCAGCAUGGGUGAGGAGCCUGAGAGCCACGGAAGUCGUCACCUGUUGCCAGCUGGUGGCCUCUGAAGGAGGGAGGUGGUGGGAAUAGGUGGCAAGGGAACGCAUGUCCUUGUUUUAUAUUUAGAGGAAAAUUAUUUGGCUCUAAUGAGAAUUAAUUAGAGACGGCCCAUAUCCCAGCGUCUGGUCUUGCAUUGUAGAAUUUACAGAUUCAUCGACACCCAGUCUGUUGGUGCCAUGUCUUUCCUUCCUUUUCUCCCCACUCCACAGAAAUAGGAGGUAUGGCUCUUGUUUGGUAAUUGCUAAAAUCCCUUUGAGGAAAAAAUAAAGGUUUUAACUCCCUUGG